UUCCGGGAGCGUGCCAGUGCGUGUUUAGUCCUAUGCAAAAAUGGCCGCAAGUGUAAACGGUGUUUUUCGCAAGGAUUUGCAGGAUGCUAUUUUACAGAGUAAAGUGUUGGUUAUCGGAGCUGGUGGCAUUGGCUGCGAGAUUCUCAAGAAUCUCGUGAUGACGGGCUUCAAAGAUAUCGAGAUUCUUGAUCUGGAUACAAUCGAUGUCAGCAACUUGAAUCGACAGUUUUUGUUCCAAAAACAACACGUGGGGAAGUCCAAGUCGGCGGUGGCACGUGAGACGGCGUUGACGUUCAAUCCGGAUGUGAAAAUAGUCUCGUAUCAUGAUAACAUCACGUCCUCGGACUACGGUCUCUCCUUCUUCAAAAAGUUCUCCCUCGUGUUGAACGCCCUAGACAAUCGUGCGGCCCGUAACCACGUGAACCGAAUGUGCCUCGCGGCAGACAUUCCGCUGAUCGAGUCCGGCACGGCGGGCUACGACGGCCAAGUCGAGCUAAUAAAAAAGGGCCUCAGCCUCUGCUACGAGUGCCUCCCAAAGCCCACCCAAAAGACCUUCCCAGGUUGUACAAUAAGAAACACCCCGAGCGAGCCAAUCCACUGCAUCGUCUGGUCGAAGCACCUCUUCAACCAGCUGUUCGGCGAAGAGGACCCGGACCAGGACGUCUCGCCGGACACAGCGGACCCAGAGGCCGCCGGCGACAAGGCCGGAGAGGGCGCCCUAAACUCAGAGUCAAACGACAAGGGAAACGUCGAGAGAGUCUCCACCCGUCUCUGGGCGCAAUCCUGUGGAUACGAUCCUGAGAAGCUCUUCAACAAACUCUUCCACGACGACAUAAAGUACCUCCUGUCGAUGGACAACCUCUGGAAGAAGAGGCGACCACCGACUCCCCUAGACUGGAAGAAUCUCCCCGACGUUGUGGCUGGCUGCAGCAAGGAGACCACAGACGAGACGGGCCUCAAGGACCAGCAGAAGUGGAGCAUCGCCAAGUGCGCAGAGGUCUUCUCCAACGCUCUGCACAAUCUCAAGAAGAAUCUGGAAGUACUGAGGGAAAAAUCACCAAACGAUCACCUGGUCUGGGACAAGGACGACCAAGACGCCAUGGACUUUGUCGCAGCCUGCGCCAACAUAAGAGCCCACAUCUUCGGAAUUCCCCAGAAGUCCAGGUUUGACGUGAAAUCAAUGGCUGGAAAUAUAAUCCCGGCCAUAGCAACGACAAAUGCCAUUGUCGCUGGGGUAGUUAUUCUGCAUGCAUUCCGCAUCCUGAGGGGCUUGUUCGAGGAGUGCAAAUCAGUUUAUCUCAGACCACGACCCAAUCACAGGGGUCAAUUACUGGUGCCAGAGAAAUGCGUUAAUCCACCGAAUCCAAAGUGCUACGUUUGCGCUCCCACACCCUCGGCUGUUCUCGCUGUUGACACGACCAAGAUGACUAUCGCCGAGUUGGAUGAGGUCGUACUCAAGGGACGUCUUAAUAUGAUUGAGCCAGAUGUGAUGGUGGAUGGCAAAGGAAUAGUUUUGAUAAGUUCCGAGGAGGGAGAGACUGAGGAGAACAAUGGGAAAAUACUUGAGGAGCUUGGGGUUAAGGAUGGAACUAUUCUCAAGGUGGAUGAUUUUCAGCAGAAUUACUCACUCACUGUGACUGUGGUGCACAGGGACAAGCCCUCGUCUAGGGAGGAUGAGCCGGAUUUCUUGGUGGUCGCUGAUGAAAAGGAUUUGAAGCCCAAGGAGGAGGAGGAGAAGGAGAAACCCUCGACUUCUAAUGGACAAGUCGAUGAUGUCGAUGAUGAUGACUGUGUGGAGGUCGAUGUGGAGCCUUAUCACGUCCCUGAGGAUGUUCCGGCGAAGAAGAGGAAGACUGAGGUGCACAGCAAGGAAGUCCCGAGCCCCAAGAAACGGAGGACUGAGGCACACAGCACUGAUGACGAUGACGAUUGCUGCAUUGUGGAUGAUGGGGGCAAGAGUGAGGCGCCGCAGGGGGUCAAGACGCCUCAGAAGAGGGUGAGGAACUCGACGGAUGACGAGUGCCAGAUUGUGUUCGAUGAGGGCAAAGAGAUCACCGUUUCACCGAUGAAGAAACUUAAUCCUGCUAAUUGAGUUGAGGGCUCUUCGUUUCCAUCGGCCUCUUCAGUUUUUUGGUAAAUACAGUUUUGGUUUUUUGCUUUCGUUGCCGAUGGAACAGGGGAUUAUGAUUAGUUUGAAAAUGUUUGUACGGGAGAGCUGAAUGAGAUGAAUAAAUCACUUCCAUUUGUAUGA